AUGGACGAAGACGCGAGCGGCGGUGCACUUUUCGAGGACGUUGUCUUCACACUGAUCCCUAGCGACGACUAUGACGACGAACAUGUCCAUGGCAUACGCGAAGGGCUGGAAACGAGCGGCGGACGAUUUGUGCCACUUCGCGCAAGCGAUCAAGAAAUCGACGGCAUCGAAAACAUCACGCACAUCAUAUCAACCCACAUUGAUUUCCCGCAAUACGAUCGCGCCGUCGAGCUUGGAAUUCACGUGGUGAAGCCAUCAUGGGUUUACACGAGUCUACGAAAGAGGAAGCAAGCGCAUCCACGCCAACACAGUCCCGAUCCCAGCCAGUAUUUCGGAGAGAUUAUCCUCACAUGUGCUGAGCUUCCAGAAGGAGAUGCCGAGGCCAUCAUAGCUGGUGUUGUCGCUUUGGGAGGCCAGCAUACAUACCCAUUGACCAAAUUGGUCACGCACAUCGUCACAACAGACCUGGACAAUGAAAAGUGUCGGAUUGCUCAAGACAAGGGACUGAAGGUCAAGAUUGUACUGCCUCAUUGGUUUGAUGACUGUCUGCGAUUGGGGAAGAAGAUCAGCGAGAAGCCGUAUGAAUUCCCUAAUCCAGAGAUUCUUCGCAAAGGAAACAAUGCGCAUGUCAGGCCCACUUCGUCCGCACAACUCGAAGGUGCAACAACAGCAUCUCCACCCGAGCUCCCCGAUUCAACACCACCGCCAAGCCCAACGGCAUCUCGCAAGUUCUUGAAUAUCUUCAUGUCCAAGAAGAUCUUCUUUGCUAAGGACCUCGAACUAUCGGACCGCUUGCACGAAACCUUGAUUAAGCUGAUCAACCAUGGAGGUGGCGUUCUUACUAAGGACGUGAGCCAGGCUGACUAUUAUAUCGGCUGCUACAGAGACGGCGAAGACUAUGUGGCUGCAUCGCGUGCUGGAAUCGACGUGGCGAGUCUGGCCUGGCUUUACCACGUCAUCAAUCGCAACAGAUACAGCAGCCCACGAUCGAAGCUGUUCCAUUAUCCAGUGCCAAGACAUGGUCUCAAGGGUUUCGAGAACUUGAAGAUCAGUCUCUCCAACUAUGGCGGUGAUGCUCGCACCUAUGUCGAGAACCUCAUUCGGGCUUGUGGCGCCGAGUACACCAAGACGAUGAAACAAGACAACACGCAUCUUGUCAGCGCUCACAAAACUGGUGAGAAAUGUGAGGCUGCGCAGGAAUGGAAUAUCGAACUCGUCAACCAUCUGUGGCUGGAAGAAAGCUAUGCGAAGUCAACGAUGCAGAGUAUGACGAACCCCAAAUUCCACUACUUCCCCACGAGGACCAAUCUUGGUGAGGUAGCGGGACAGACAGCUCUGGACAUGAAAAAGAUGGAGCAGCUUUUCUUCCCCAAACCACGCUCUCCUGUCAAGCCCAAGCAGUCACCACGCAAGCCAGUCCCGGCUUCGAGCGCCCUUACAGGCGAUGCGGCACCGACCGAUUACGAAGAGCCUGGCAUUCCUGUCACUGUCGCCGAGCCCGACGAAAUGGACGUCGACCAAGACCAGGGACCGAAGACAGUCAAGAAGAGUCGGGGCAGACCCUCUCGAUCAUCGAUGGCCACUCCACGCGCUGGCAUCGACGAUGAAAAAGAGAACGAGUCUCCUGCGCCCACAAGCACUGGCCGUGCAGCCAAGAACAAAGCCUUGAACACACUGCACACUCAGUCUGUUGACAUUGCUCUGUAUCAAAAGGAGUCGAAACGUAAAGGCGGUGUAAUUCAUGGUGGACGACGAGGCAGCCGCCCAGACGACGCAUCAUCCCCCGUACCAGCGCGGUCUUCUAGAAAGCGGCCGAGCGAGGAGUACGAUGUCACUGCUGAGGGUAGCGAUCUGAGCGAUGGCGAGACUCAGGAGCCUGCCGCUGCGAAAGAGACCAAGCAAAAGAAGAAGGCAAAGCAUGGUCCCUCGCCGACGUUGCCACCAAUAGAGUACAGGAUGAUGAUCACAGGUGAUAGCCGUUGGGCUGAGAACGACAAGAAGGAGUCUGCCGACAAGAACACCUUGCGAAGCUUGGGCGUGCUCUUGACCCAAGAUCCCAAGGACGUCGACAUACUGGUUGCACCGAAGAUCUUGCGAACGAAGAAAUUUGUCUGCGCACUUGCAUGUGCACCCCUGGUUGUCGACACCUCAUUUCUCGAUAUUGCGCUUAGUAAGAAGAAGCUCAUUGACGACCCUCCGAUGCUCAAAGACAAAGACGCAGAAGAGCGACUUGGCUUCACUCUGGCCGACGCCUUGGAGCGGGCCCAGAAGAGCAAGCGGAAGCUCUUCAAGAACUGGGCGAUCUGCGUGACGAAGGAGGUCAACGGAGGAUUCGACACCUACAAGGACAUCAUCGGGCUUAAUGGAGGCGAGGCCUUCAUGUAUACUGGUCGACCGAACAUGCGGUUCUCGGCUUCCCCAGAAGGUGCAAAUGAUGACUUCGACUACGUUUAUCUGGUAUCCGGAACAAGCCCGGCGGAGGUCGAGCUCUGGAAGAAGUUUCACGACGACAUCGAAUCUCGAGGCUUGCAAGCGAGAGUGGUAUCUUCGGACUGGGUGCUGAAUGCGGCGAUGGGCCAGCAGGUGCAGUUUCAAGAGAAGUGGUUGCUGUCAUAG